CACGGAUUAUGUUCCCGAGGACUUUGUCGAUCUCCGCACUCCUUCGGAUUCCAGUUACUAUCAGGUGCCCGAUACACAACCACAGGACGAUGAGGAGUAUCCGCCCAUUAUCAUCGGACAAUCGUGGGCAUACAACCAGAAAGGCGAGAAAGUUGCCAAUUUCGUACGUAAAUGCGUAUACGCAAAUGUAUUGAUCUGUCUAUAG